AUGGAGAUGGGAAUGAAGACCAAUUCUAAGUGGUACUACGGGGUUCAAGUUGAGCUGGUUCUGAGAAGCAAGUUGGUGGUGCGUUUCAGGUUUCCCAACCUAUCACUUAUAGCUGCAGAAAAUAAUCUCUGGACGUUUGUAGAAGAACUCCUGAAGCUUAUGCCACCAGAAACACUUGAGUUAAAAGAUACCAAAUAUGGAAACACUGCACUGCACAUUGCAGCUAGAGAAGGAAACAAGAAAGUUGCUGAGGCUAUAGUGAACAAAAACCGUGAAGUGACACAAAUACGUGACAAGGACGAAAAAAUACCACUUCUAACUGCUGCAUUGUUUGUUUCACCUGGACAAAAAGAGACACUCGAGUAUCUUUGCGAAGUUACUAGUGAUGUAGACCCAAAUCCUUUUGCAGGUCCUGAUGGCGCUACAGUAAUGUGUAGUAUACUUGAUGCUCAUUUCUAUGAUAUUGCAUUGGUUCUCUUCCAACGGUAUCCCAACUUGGUUAUGGAGAAAACCAAAUAUAGCAAGGUGUGGCCAUUAGAAGUGAUUGUUGAAAGGCCGUAUGCUUUUCAAAGUGGAACUAAUGCCCGUUCAAUACCAGUGAUUCAGGUAGACAUGACUACUCCACUUGGUUCCCUAAAAGCUACAGGAGACGCGGAGAAUCCAUCCGAGUGCUUGCAGAAUUUCUCUUUCUCAGGAAAUAGAGGAAUCAAUGCAAAAUUCUUUUGCUAUUUCAUUACCCGCUUCACUCAAUUCCCUGCUAUCAAAAGGAUAUACAGAUUGAAGGUGAUGCACAAACAAGCAGCGGAUUUAGUGAAAGGUAUGAUUGAUCAGGUUCGAAUGAUGACAACUAAAACUGAAGCAUCAGAUUUUUUCAGGAAUUCAAGUAUUAUGGAGAAAGGGAUAAAAUUUGGGACAAAUGAAGUUGUGGAAGAAUGCCUUUUAACCUUCCCAGACUUAAAUUGGACACAAAUGAACAACAAAAGAUUAAUACAAAUUGCAAUUGAAGAACGAAAUGGAAAGAUUUUAAAGCUCAUAUGUAAAACUAGUGAGGAUUAUCAGGACCAACUUGUUUCGCAUAGAGAUAGAUGCGGCAACAGUAUCUUGCAUUAUGCUGCAAAGUUAGCGGAUCCUCCACAACUAAAUUUAGUGUCUGGCGCAGCUCUUCAGAUGCAGAGAGAGAUGCAAUGGUUCAAGGGAGUGCUAAAUCUUUUACCUGAAAAUGGUAGGAUGGUCAGAAACAAAGAAGUAAAUACAGCUCAAUCCAUGUUUACCAAGGAACAUGAUAAGUUACGGUGGGAAGGAGAAAAAUGGAUGAAAGAAACGUCUCAGUCAUGCAUGGUGGUAGCUGCCCUAAUUGCCACCGUUGUUUUUGCUGCAGCUUUUACUGUGCCUGGUGGAAAUGUUAGUGAAGAUAAGAGUGGAAAGAAAGCAAGCACCCCGAUUUUAUUAUAUGAAAAUUCGUUCGUGAAGAAGACUUUCUCACUUCAUUGCCAAGAAAGUUGA